AUGGGAAUUCAACUCAAUGAUCUCUCUAAACAGAUUGUAAAAACGGGUAAUAAAACGCAAUUUUGUCACGACAUAUGGGUUGGAGCGGAGAAAUUAAAAGUCACAUAUCCAAGGUUGUACGAGCUAGACAGAAAUAAGUCAUGUAAAGUGGCUGAAAGACUCAAUUCAAAUAGGAACAAUUGGCAAUGGUCAUCCAACCCAGCUGACGCUGGUCUCACCACUGAUCUUGAGAACCUAUUAGCGGUCACUACAUCAAUUUGCUUCCUUCCAGGUGACGAUCACAUCUCAUGCGUUAUUGCACCCGAUGGCUCAUACAGAGUUGACAUCAUGAGAAAGAAAAUUGAGGCGGAAACUGAGGUGACCAAUAACCCCACCAUAAUCAACCGGUGCAAACUGAUUCCUAUCUGGAGAGCCUUAUUGAAUCGAAUUCCAUCAGACAUCGCCAUCGCCCUCGCAAACAGGGCCUCCGACUUUACAGCCUCCGACCACCUUUCCUCCGACUCAGGAUACAUAAUGACUCAGAUACUGCUCCAUGACAAACUUCAUGUGACAAUCUACGAAGUUAAUCUUCAUUCGAGUGGUGGAGGAAAUAAAUUCACGAAGGGUUAUGUCACUGUGGACUACGACUUUCAUAUUUUGGUUUUUGUUCAUCAUCCACCAUUUCAGAAAACGUGGUCUAUCCUAGAACUUUGGGCAGGUGCGGUGCGGUUCGGUUCGGUGCGGUUCGGUGCGGUUAUUAGUCAAAACCUCACCACUAACCGCAAAUGCGGUUAAUCCAUUUUCAAAACCGCUUAGUGCGGUUAUUUUUGCGUUGCUGUUAGGCGGUUAUCUUUGCGGUGCGGUUUGACGGUUAUUUUUGCGGGGGAGAGAUUUAGAUAUGGAAAUUCGAAAGUUGAAAAUUUCAUAUUAUGCGGACUUGAAGACCGAAGUGACCUCGAGUAUUUGAAGUUUAUAAAAUGAUUCGACUGGAGAUUCGGAACUGAUUUCGGUUCAUGAUGGGUUUGGACUUAAAUUUUGGGUAAUUUUUUGGAGAAUGAGAAACUCCUAAUUACCUUUUGAUGCUCGGUUUGUAUGGUCUCACAUUCUAGAACCUAGAUUGAAAAGUCAUGGAAGAAUUGAAGAUUUGAGGUUCAUCUCUACAUGUGUCAUGUUUGAGGCUCGGUUCGUGAAGUUUCUCGAGUUUGGAAGAUUUGAAGCGGGUUAUCCAUUCCUAACUUUGAGAGGGAGAAUGUUGGGUACAAAGUUAUCCAUGUAUGACUUUAUAAAUGGUUUGACUUUUAUAGACUCACUUGCAUGUGGUAAAGUAACCUUGUGACAUAUGAGAGAGAGAGAGAGAGACAUUGGUUUUUUAUUUCGGUUUCGGUUUUUCAUUUUUUUUUAAAUAUAUUUUUUGGGGUUU